UUCCAUUGAAAGCAGUGGAGACAUAAAACUGCAGUACCUGGCCAGAAGCGGUCGGUACUGAGUUUCUGCAGGGGCCCGGCGUUGGAUUUCCCAUCGUUUCUUGAAGGUUGACUGUAUGGUUCGCUUCAGUCACUGGGAACACACACUAAAAGAGCGAGCCGCGUCUUUUCCCUUCGCCCCUUCAUCCUUUUCUCUCCCUAAAAGCCUCGCAUGUCUAAUAUUUAGACAUGUUCAGCUUUAUGGAUUCCAGGACUUUAUUGCUACUCGUAGCAACGCAAGUCGCGCUAUUAGCCGUGGUCAGAUGUCAGGAUGACCAGGACGACCCUGGCAGCUGCUCACAAGAUGGCAGCCGCUAUAAUGACAAGGACGUGUGGAAACCCGAGCCGUGUCGCAUCUGUGUGUGUGACACUGGCACGGUGCUGUGUGACGACAUUAUCUGCGAAGAGCCCAAAGAUUGCCCCAACGCCGAGAUCCCAUUCGGAGAGUGUUGCCCCAUCUGCCCUGAGCAAUCCGGGCCCACCGGAGGUGGGGGACCAGCUGCAAAGGGACAGAAGGGUGAGCCAGGAGACAUCACAGAUGUCGUAGGACCAAGAGGGCCUGGAGGACCCAUGGGACCCCCAGGAGAGCAAGGCGCACGUGGAGACAGAGGAGACAAGGGAGAGAGGGGAUCUCCUGGUCCUCGUGGCAGAGAUGGUGAGCCUGGUGUUCCUGGUAACCCCGGACCCCCCGGACCCCCUGGACCUAACGGACCCCCUGGACUUGGUGGAAACUUCGCUGCUCAGAUGGCUGGUGGUUUUGAUGAGAAGUCUGGUGGUGCCCAGAUGGGAGUGAUGCAAGGACCAAUGGGCCCAAUGGGUCCCAGAGGACCACCCGGACCCUCUGGAUCUCCUGGACCUCAAGGUUUCCAAGGCAACCCAGGAGAGGCUGGCGAGCCCGGCGGUAAUGGUGAGGCUGGCAAACCUGGUAAAGGUGGUGAACGUGGACCUUCUGGACCUCAGGGAGCUCGUGGAUUCCCAGGAACCCCCGGACUUCCAGGAAUCAAGGGACACAGAGGUUACCCAGGUCUGGAUGGCUCUAAGGGAGAGACUGGAGCCGCUGGAGCUAAGGGUGAGGGUGGUGCUCCCGGUGAGAGUGGCGCUCCUGGCCCCAUGGGUCCUCGUGGUCUUCCCGGUGAGAGAGGACGUCCCGGACCCUCUGGCGUCGCUGGCACCCGUGGAAACGAUGGCUUGUCCGGCCCUGCUGGCCCUCCUGGCCCCGUUGGACCAUCCGGAGCCCCUGGCUUCCCUGGAUCUCCUGGAUCUAAGGGUGAGGCUGGCCCCACUGGUGCUCGUGGACCUGAGGGAGCUCAGGGACCUCGUGGAGAGUCUGGCACCCCUGGAUCUUCCGGACCCUCUGGAGCUGGCGGCAACCCCGGUACUGAUGGUAUCCCUGGAGCCAAAGGAUCUUCUGGCGCUCCUGGUAUUGCUGGUGCUCCUGGCUUCCCCGGACCCCGCGGACCUCCAGGACCUCAGGGAGCUACUGGACCUCUCGGGCCCAAGGGAACCUCUGGUGACCCUGGUAUCGCCGGAUUCAAGGGAGAAGCUGGACCCAAAGGAGAGCUUGGUCGCCAAGGUCCCCAAGGUGCCCUUGGACCCGCUGGAGAGGAAGGAAAGAGAGGCCCCCGCGGAGAGCCUGGUGCCGCCGGGCCCCUCGGACCUCCCGGAGAGAGGGGAGCUCCCGGUAACCGUGGUUUCCCUGGUCAGGAUGGUCUCGCUGGUCCCAAGGGAGCCCCAGGUGAGAGAGGCCCCGCUGGCAUUUCUGGACCGAAGGGAGCCGGAGGUGACCCCGGCCGUCCCGGAGAGCCUGGCCUUCCUGGAGCCAGAGGUCUCACAGGUCGUCCUGGUGAUGCUGGUCCUCAAGGAAAAGUUGGCCCUGGUGGUGCAGCUGGUGAGGAUGGUCGUCCUGGUCCCCCUGGUCCUCAGGGAGCCCGCGGGGGCCCCGGCGUCAUGGGAUUCCCCGGCCCCAAGGGCGCCACUGGCGAGGGCGGCAAGGGUGGCGAGAAGGGAUCUCCCGGUGCCCCUGGUCUGAGGGGUCUUCCUGGUAAGGAUGGAGAGACAGGUGCCGCCGGACCCCCUGGCCCUGCUGGACUCGCUGGAGAGAGAGGAGAGCAAGGACAGCCUGGACCUUCUGGCUUCCAGGGUCUGCCCGGACCUCCUGGCCCCCCUGGUGAGGGUGGCAAGCCUGGUGAUGCUGGUGUUCCUGGAGAGGGUGGCCCUUCUGGCGCUACUGGACCCAGAGGAGAGCGUGGUUUCCCAGGAGAGAGAGGCAGCGCUGGGCCUCAGGGUCUGCAGGGACCCCGUGGUCUACCUGGAACUCCCGGAACUGACGGCCCCAAGGGUGCCAUCGGACCAGCUGGCGCAGGCGGUGCCCAGGGACCCCCCGGCCUGCAGGGAAUGCCCGGAGAGAGAGGACCCGGCGGCAUCUCAGGACCCAAGGGAGACAGAGGUGACAAUGGUGAGAAGGGACCUGAGGGAGCCCCCGGCAAAGACGGUGCAAGAGGUUUGACCGGCCCCAUCGGACCUCCUGGCCCAGGUGGACCUAACGGCGAGAAGGGAGAAACUGGCCCUGCUGGACCCUCUGGAUCUGCUGGUACCCGUGGUGGUCCUGGUGACAGGGGUGAGACCGGUCCCCCAGGUCCCGCCGGCUUCGCUGGUCCUCCUGGCUCUGAUGGUCAGCCUGGUAUCAAGGGAGAUCAGGGAGAGUCUGGACAGAAGGGAGACGCUGGUGCCCCCGGACCUCAGGGACCCUCUGGAGCUCCCGGACCCUCGGGACCCACUGGUGUGUCUGGACCUAAAGGAGCUCGUGGUGCCCAAGGACCCCCUGGUGCUACCGGAUUCCCUGGAGCUGCAGGAAGAGUGGGACCCCCUGGCCCCAACGGUAACCCUGGACCUUCUGGUCCCGCUGGUCCCCCUGGUAAAGACGGACCCAAGGGUGUGCGCGGUGACGGCGGCCCCCCAGGAAGACAGGGAGACGCUGGGCUGCGUGGACCUGCUGGAGCCCCUGGCGAGAAGGGAGAGCCUGGAGAGGAUGGUCCCGCUGGUCCCGACGGUCCUAAUGGUCCUCAAGGUCUGGCUGGACAGCGUGGUAUUGUGGGUCUUCCCGGACAGCGUGGUGAGAGAGGUUUCCCCGGCCUGCCCGGACCAUCUGGUGAGCCCGGUAAGCAGGGAGCUCCUGGUGGCGGUGGAGACCGUGGACCCCCUGGCCCAGUUGGUCCCCCUGGCCUGACUGGCCCCGCUGGAGAGCCCGGCAGAGAGGGCAACCCUGGUUCUGAUGGACCUCCAGGCAGAGAUGGUUCCGCUGGAGUCAAGGGUGACCGUGGUAACACAGGCCCUGCUGGCGCUCCCGGAGCCCCAGGUGCCACGGGAGCCCCCGGACCCGUCGGCCCCACCGGCAAACAGGGAGACAGAGGAGAGGCGGGUCCCCAAGGGCCUUCCGGACCCUCUGGACCUGCUGGAGCCAGAGGCAUGGCUGGGCCCCAAGGACCUCGCGGAGACAAGGGAGAGGCCGGCGAGGGUGGCGAGAGGGGACAGAAGGGACACCGUGGAUUCACCGGUCUGCAGGGUCUGCCCGGACCUCCCGGUCAGGCUGGAGACCAGGGUGCUACUGGACCUUCCGGACCUGCUGGAGCAAGAGGACCCGCUGGACCAGUCGGUCCAUCUGGAAAGGACGGCGCCAAUGGACUCCCCGGACCCAUCGGACCCCCUGGACCUCGUGGACGUUCUGGCGAGACUGGUCCCUCUGGUCCUCCCGGUAACUCCGGACCCCCUGGUCCUCCCGGUCCCCCAGGCCCUGGCAUCGACAUGUCCGCCUUCGCCGGCCUCGGCCAGCCCGAGAAGUCCCCCGAUCCCAUGAGGUACAUGCGCGCCGACCAGGCGGCCGGAGGCCUGCGCCAGCACGACGCCGAGGUGGACGCCACGCUCAAGUCCCUCAACAGCCAGAUCGAGAACAUCCGCAGCCCCGAGGGCUCCAAGAAGAACCCCGCCCGCACCUGCCGCGACCUCAAGCUCUGCCACCCCGACUGGAAGAGCGGAGAGUACUGGAUUGACCCCAACCAGGGUUGCACCGUUGACGCCAUCAAGGUCUUCUGCAACAUGGAGACUGGCGAGUCUUGCGUCCACCCCAAGCCCAACAGCAUCCCACGCAAGAACUGGUGGUCCAGCAAGGGAGACCGCAAGCACGUCUGGUUCGGCGAGACCAUGAACGGUGGUUUCCACUUCAGCUAUGGCGAUAACACCCUGGCCGCCAACACCGCCAGCAUCCAGAUGACCUUCCUGAGGCUGCUGUCCACCGAGGCCUCCCAGAACCUCACCUACCACUGCAAGAACAGCGUGGCCUACAUGGACGGGGCCACGGGCAACCUCAAGAAGGCCGUACUGCUGCAGGGCUCCAACGACGUGGAGAUCCGCGCCGAGGGCAACAGCCGCUUCACCUACAGCGUGCUGGAGGACGGAUGCACGAAACACACAGGCCAGUGGGGCAAGACAGUGAUCGAGUACAGAUCGCAGAAGACCUCUCGUCUGCCCAUCGUGGACAUUGCGCCCAUGGACAUCGGUGGACCCAACCAGGAGUUUGGCGUUGACGUCGGAGCUGUCUGCUUCUUGUAAAAAAAAAGAGAGAGGCACGGCAAACAUGAGACAAAGAAUAUUAAAAACGUGAGAGGAAAAACACUCCAAAAAAAAUGACAGAACGAAAGAAAUAAAAAAGAAAGAACGGAACAAGGAAAAAAAAUUAAAGAUCAAGACACGUUUUUUGAUUAAAAACGGGACUCUUUUUUUUCUAAGUAAAAAAAGUGCUUUCCAAGUCGUACUCCUAGGAUAUAUGCACUGAAAGGCACCGGCAAUAUUCAUCUGUGAUUUCCUCCCAAAACAAAAAAAAGACCACCUUUCUUAUAAAAAAAGAGAUAUCACUUCAUAUCCCAAACCAAGCCCCAAACCAACCAGCCACAACCCCCCAAAUCAUAAAGCCCCGAUGUCCCCGACCCGAUCCGUUGCACGGCCCUCCACUCUACCCCCCCACAAGGGCUGACCUCCCCUCUCCAGCAAGAUGGAACCAUGACGGCGGGGAAGGAAGAGGCAAACAACAAAAGAAGCCAAAGUCUACGAAGCAAGAAAACUAUCGCAUGUCUUGUUUUUUUUUUCUUUUUUAAUUUAUUUAUUGUUGAGGUGUGGGCCCCUUGUGUCGCCAGGAACAGGGCACGACCGUUUUGUCGUUGCCCAAGACCGAAGGCCGCCUUCACGAUAGGACGCAGCCAGCUUUCAGUCACCCCUUCCCCCCAUACCUCUCUUUCUCUCUCUGGUCUGCGCACCACCCCCCCCCCCCC